GAUGUCACUCUCGCGUGGACUGACACUCUUAGCGAAGGAGUAGACGAGACGAGGAGGAACCGACAAGUCGCCCAGUUGGCAGAGUGACGAAGUUGUCUUCGGAAACUUGAAGGCUCCCAACGAAAGCCACAAUGACUUCGACGAACAUGUUUCAAGGGUUGGAUAGUGGGUCAAAACCAAGCUCAAGGGUGCUGCGGCCUCCCGGUGGCGGCUCCAGUAAUCUGUUUGGUGGCUACGAAGAGGAAGCCCCGCAAUCUAGAAGACCAAAUAAGAUGGCCUCUAAUCUAUUCGGUUCCCCAGAGGAGCCCCAGAGCGCACCCAGGCGCUCCAACCCUCCAGGUGGGAAGAGCAGUGGAAUAUUUGGGGAACCUGAACCUCCAGUCCAACCACAGAGAUCCCUUCCCCCAGGUGGACCAAGCAACAAUAUAUUUGGGGCUGGGGAUAGUGCAGACGUCCAAAGCCCAAGUCACCCAAAUAAGCCAAAGGACAAUCUAUCUGUCGGAUCGGUACAAAAAUCACCAGCGACCGAGAUGAAAGUCAGCUCGCCCGAGGUCAAGGUCAUCCAGCCUGAGGUUAAAGAGCAAAUUGUCUCACCUGCCGUUGUGCUACCUGAGGAGGAGCCCCCUGCUCCUCCUGUUGCUCCAGCCGCCCCGGCUGCCCCAGAGGCCGUUCCCUCUUCCUCCUCAUCCCCUCCACCUCCUCAUGACAUGAAGAACUACGAGCCUCACCUGGGACCCAAGCCUCGCUCUCACAACAGGGUCCUUAAUCCCCCCGGAGGAAAGUCCAGCGUGGUGUUCUACUGAUUUUUCUGCCCCCAACCUACCCCCACCCCUUCUCCCACUGUGGGUCUACCCUGUACACGUUUUGUCUGCUCCCCUAUGCAUCUUCUUUCAUUCCAACGCACAGCACCCCUCACGGUUAUCUCACAUGUACACGAAAAGAUCAAGAUCUGUUGUUGUUGAAAUGAAACGGUCUGAUCUGACCUCCUCAACGUGUUGCACUUUCAGCCCGAUUUCCAGCUCUGCAGCUCUUUUCGUCCUUUCUUUACUUUAUCCUUAAAACCUGCAUUACACAAUCACCACCUUUUCAAUCAACUCUUAGAACUGUUGUGGUUCUGUUUCAAUAAUGUUUUUUUUUUUUUUUAAUGCCAGACCAUCACUUAAAAUUACUGGGUGUGUGAGCCCUAAAGUUUUGCCUUGAAGUAUUUCUGUGGCCUUUGAAAUCAUCUUUGUUUACCUUUGUUCUCUGUCAAUCAAAUGUGCCUAACACAAAGGGUCUACUGUGAGCGCUGACCCUUCAGGGGACAAAUACCCCCCCCCCCCAAAAAAAAAGGACAUCAAAUCAAAGACAAAUGCGAAUGUUUACUCUAAACGGUUUCUGCUUCCCGUACAGAAAUUCCAUCUUGAUUUUAUGCGAUUGUGUAGUUUCUGCUUUGCCCUCAUUGCUUGCUUUAUCUUUUUGCCUUUUUUUUUUUUUUUUUUUCUCCCUCGGGGUUGGCCUCUGUUUAUGUUUUAAAUUAAAACAGUUGGAGAUGUGGGGGGGAUCUCUGGACAAGCUUGUGGCCCACCUGAGUUCAGGUGAGCUAUUUUAGGUUAUCAGCUCCCACCCGUUUCACGAUGCUCAUUGAAGAUAUUUUGGCACCCGGCCUGUCCCCGUUUGAGUUGAUGUGCCUGGCAGCAAUGAGUGUGGCAGAAUUCAGUCCUGUGUAUUGCAAUAAAAUGUUUUUGCAGUUGGA